AAAGACUGACCACAUUCACAGAGCCAUUCUCUGCUUCGUCUUAUAAUUGAGGAUAACGCGUUUAUCUCAGUAUCUUAUUCCUCUUUCCUUUUUUCUACCAUCGACAUGGCAAAGAGUGUCCGAGCGAGUGUCCAAAAGCGCAAUAGAGCGAAACUGCGAGCCACAGUCUUUGGGCCAGUUGUUGAUGCGCGAACUGAAAGGCUCUCAGCUAAACUGCAAGAACUUGCCUCCCAGCCAAAACCAAGUAAUGAAGAAAAGUUAGAUACGGCACUGGAUAUGAAGGAUCGCCAGGAAGAGACUAAGAUAUUACAACCAAAUGAAGAUAUGGACAUUGAUAACGGCUCCAUUAAAACUACUCAGAGUCGCUCUCACAAAGGAGGGCGGAUUCAUAAACGCCACAGCAACAGAAAGAAUCGCUCGUCCAUUGUGUUCCGUCCACACCAGUCCAAGAAUAAGGGCCCGAAGAGGAGGUAAAAUUUUUAGGCACCAUUUGUUUAUAAACACUAGAUUGGCGUUCGGGGUUAUCUACAACAUCCUCUCAUCGUGUUUCAGUUAUGAUCAAUAACAAUUAGAAUUUAUGACAACAA